CAAGGAUUCUCUUGAGUGCCGAGUUGUUCGCUAUCUCCAGAGCGACGAUGAGAAGAGGAAGAAGAAGAAGAAGAAGAAGAAGAAAAAAACGUUCAAGCAAUGUGACCACCGAUGGUGGGUGGUGUGGUCCGGAGAGAUCUACUUAGAGAGAGGAAACUGGAUAGUCGAAUCUGCCGACAGCCAAGGCGGAUUGGAUGGGUUAAGGCCCAAUCAGCCAGUCACCAUAACUGUCGGCGACACCUUAGUGCAAGUUCGUUCGUAGUCUCCAACGAGUUCGGGCGUGGUGUGACCGUUUCGCCUCGCUCUCUUGUCCGGCCUUCCUGUGGUCUAUGGCGAUCAAGCGAGGUUAUCAUGGGAGUUAUAGCGCUGGCCUUAUUAAGACCUCGUUGCGAUGCCUACCUUGCUUCAUUGGUCGUUCAGUCCCUUGGUCUUGGUGUGGCGGCGCUUCUUGCACUUAACGUAAUGGGUUUUAUGAAUCUGAUGCGACGGUGUCCGCAGAGCUAUUACUCAUCGUCAGUGCUGAUGCAAUCGACUUGCUCCGGAUGUACGAAGCAAAGGAUUCGCAAUGGUCUCUCUUUUGAGAGAAACACCUCCCGAUGUCGUGGGAUGUUGGUGUGGGUAUGCACUAUAAGACGGGGUACUAAGGAUAGCAGCUCAUUGGUGGAUUGUCUAUAUCAACCGGCGACACUGAGGCCGCACAUGAUUGUGGAAUAGAGUGAAAGAUGGACUUCCCCUGGCGAGGGCCGGCCGUUUCGCGAGACCUUUCUUGCAUGACCUCCGCGUCUCCUAGCCAUCUCAAUGCGUCAUUCUGGUUUGCGACGUUGCAAUCCCUGUCUACUCUGAUGGUU